AUGAGAUCCAGCUUGCGGGACCGACCCGGAAAAGACAGUGGACUUGGAAAGCGGCUUCUCAAACCCACGCAUAGGACGAAAUCUCACCCUUCAAAGAUCCUGCCCUCCGCCAUCAACGCUAGUCUCGCCAAACCUUUGUCCCCCGCAACUAGCAUAUCGGAUAUCUCGCCGACCCCCGAGUCCUUUCACAGUUCAUGGGCCGAUAACACGGAAGAAAUAGUGCCCGAGAUCAUCGUUUGUACGGAUGAUAUGGAUAUCAUAGACAUGGACAGCAGCCCGGAGCCUGAGCCCGCAGAGACCUUGCAGGAGCCUGCCCAUAACGCCACCGAUGAGAAGCCGCCUGUGGUGGAGAAGCCGGCCGUCGAGGAACCGAUGGUGGAAGAGUCUACUGUUGAGGAACCAGUGGUAGAAAAACCUGCUGUUAAAGAACCAGUGGUGGAAACGCUCCCUGCUGCGGAACCAAUUCUGGAAACUCCUCAGCUGUCCGCCGUGGUUGGGGAGGCUGGGACAUCACUUGACUCUUCCUUGUCGGUUUUGACAGAGCAAUCCGAGCUGUCAUCCAUUCCGUCUACCAAGGCUACCACCCCUGUCGACGUCGACAGCUCGAAGGACAACGGAGCGCCUUCUACACCGCAGCCGAUCCCCGCUCCUGUCCCCGUCUCCGUUGUCGAGAAGCGCCCUGUCGCCAGAAGACGCUUCAAUGUGCGCCCCAGGGUAUCCAUCCCCGUGGACCUGACACCUCAGGACUAUGCCAUUCAAUGCGUGGCUGCUGCUGAGUCGUCGAGGCUGAACCCAUACGCUCUGCACAACGAGGAGUACACGCUCCUGCGCAAUCAUAUCAGCCAUGCACAAGUCACGACAUACCUGAACAUCAGAAACGGCAUUUUGCGAUUAUGGAUCUCGAAUCCCCAAAUGAGUGUCCGUCGAGAAGAGGCCGUCGGCUGUGCCCGUGACGUGAGGUGGUUUGACGUGGCAAGUGUCUGCUAUGACUGGCUUGUCCGACGUGGAUAUAUCAACUUUGGCUGUGUGGAGGUACGACAAUCGCGCAAGAAGCCGUCCAAGGAAGGCCCACUGAAGAGAAGAAAGAGAAUCGCUGUCAUCGGUGCGGGUAUGUCCGGCCUCGGUUGUGCCCGGCAGCUGGAAGGCCUCUUCAAGCAGUAUUCCAGAAGACUUUCAGAGCUCGGGGAAGAGCCACCAGAGGUCAUCGUCCUGGAAGGACGGAACCGAGUGGGUGGGAGGGUAUACUCUCGAGCAUUUCAGGCAAAGCCAGAGAAACCUGCCCCUGGAUUCGAAGACAAGAGGUGUACUGCUGAGAUGGGUGGAAUGAUUAUAACAGGGUUCGAUAGGGGUAACCCAAUGGACAUACUCGUGAGAGGCCAGCUUCACCUUGGAUACCACGCCCUGCUUCCCGAGACUACCAUUUACGACUCGAAUGGCAAACCAGUGGAUUCGGUCCGAGACCUCGCAGUGGAGAAGCUCUACAACGAUUGCCUGGAUCGUGUGAGUGAAUACAAAUUCAAGGCCGCACCUUCAAAAGUUAUUGAGGGCAACAGGGAUCUGAUGGAUGAGGGCAAGGACAGCUCUGCGGAAGUUGUGAAGAGCAUCAGUUACGUUGAGGAGACCACGGCGGCGCAGCCAUAUGCCCCGUCAGUCGCUCAACAGAACGUUUCCUCUCCCGUGAGCCUCGUCCCAGUAUCGUCAGACCGGGUUACGGGCCGGAUGCACAUGGAGCCUGGUACUCCGGGCAGCCUGAAAGCUGCCUACAAGGCGAAGCUGAUGGGCUGGGCUCUGAAAGCUGGCGCAAGUGAGGAUAAAGAUCUGGACCUCGAAUUUUCGACCAAGGCGCCCAAUGCAACACUUGGGUCGGUAGUAGACGAUGCUAUCAUGCAGUACAAAGACGUGGUGGAUCUCAACUCCCAGGACUUUCGCCUCAUGAACUGGCAUAUCGCAAAUCUGGAGUACAGCAACGCCAUUGAUUACAGCCAAUUAAGUCUCCAAGGAUGGGAUAUCGAUGCUGGCAAUGAAUGGGAAGGCAAGCACACCAUGGUUGUCGGAGGCUACCAGACGGUACCUCGAGGCCUUGCGCUGUUGCCGUCCCCUCUUAAGAUUCGGCAACGAUCACCAGUCAAGAAGAUCAAGUACAGCACAGACAGCUCGCAUCAAGCUACUGUCGAGUGUGAGGACGGCUUCGCGGUAGAGGCCGAUUAUGUUGUGAACACAAUACCGCUAGGCGUCCUCAAACACGGCAACGUCGAGUUCGAUCCUCCGCUCCCCACAUGGAAGUCGGAUGUCGUUAACAGGCUUGGCUUCGGCGUGCUCAAUAAGCUGGUACUCGUCUACAAGGAAGCGUUCUGGGACGAGGACAGAGACAUUUUCGGAGUGCUGCGAAACCCGAAGAAUCGUUCUAGUCUCAACCAGCGUGACUAUGCAUCUCAAAGGGGGCGUAUGUUUCAAUGGUUCAAUGUCACGCACACCACGGGCAUGCCCUGCCUCAUUGCUUUGAUGGCAGGCGAAGCUGGCUUCGACACUGAGCAGAGCUGCAACGAUGACUUGCUCAAUGAAGCCACGGACGUAUUGCGCAGCGUCUUCGGGGCAAGAGUGCCAGCGCCGCUAGAGUUCGUUGUGACAAGAUGGACUUCGGACAAGUUUGCUCGGGGCAGCUACUCUUCCGCCGGCCCCGAUAUGAAGGCCGACGACUACGAUGUCAUGGCGCGCCCGAUCGGCAACCUGCACUUUGCCGGUGAGCACACCAUCGGCACCCACCCGGCCACCGUGCACGGAGCCUACAUGUCUGGCCUGCGAGCGGCCUCCGACGUCCUGGAAGCCAUGCUGGGACCCAUCGAGGUGCCCGAGCCCCUGAUCCGGCCCCGGGAGUCCGCCUCGCUCUCCUCCCUCAAGCGCAAGGCCUCCGAGGACGCCGACCGCAAGGACCCGCGCCAGGCGCGCCUCGAGGCCUACGAGGCGGAGGUCUGGCAGCACAUCCACGCCCGCCUCGGCGACCGGCCGCUCAAGCCGCCCAAGCUGGCCGGCAACGCGUACCUGCUCUUCAACAAGGCCAACUUUGACGCGGCGCGCCGGCGGUGCGAGGAGGGCCGCCGCCCGGGCAAGGGCAAGCCCGUGCCCAACGAGGUGCGCGUCAUGACGUCCAAGAUGUGGAGGGAGGCCGGGCCCGAGGAGCGCGCGCCGUACGAGCGCCAGGCCGAGGAGCAGAAGAGGAGCUACGCCGAGGCCGUGGCCGCGUUUGGCGCCGCGGCGGCCGAGUGGGACGCGCGGGCGCUCGAGGUCCGGGCCGAGUACGAGAGGGAGCGUCCUAGCGUGCCUGGCCCGGAGGAGGUCGCUGCUCUGGCUUCUGCCGCUGUUGCUGGUGCUGCGGAUGCGGACAGGGGCGGCAGGAGGAGGACCAAGGCUGCGGUCGGGAGCUACGCGGAGAGCGAUAGCGAUGUCGAGAUGGAGGAGGCGUAG